AUGGAACAGAUGUCGAAGUAUCUCGGAGAAGAAACCCACAUCCAUACGACAAAAUGCGUCGUCGAUGAGCUGGAGAAGUUUGGCCCGCUGCUUUAUGGAGCUCUAGUGAUUUGCAAGCAGUUUGAAGUCGCUCCUUGUCCUCACAACGGUGGUCGGUCUGCAGCUGAAUGCAUCGCCCACAUGGCUCGACGAUCGUCAAAAGGCAAAACAAAGUUCUUCAUUGCGACCCAGGACGAAGAACUCACUGAGAAGCUGCGAACAAUCCCAGGAACUCCCAUUUUGUACAUCAAAUACAAUGCGAUUCUGCUCGACAAAGUCUCAAAGGCGUCCGAAGAUAACGUUCAAAAUGGUCAGGCCGAAAUUGAGCAACUGCGAAAGAUCAAAGAAGAAUUGCUGCCUGAAGGUCCGCAGAAGAAAAGAAAACGCAAGAAAGGCGCCAAUCCUCUAUCCUGCAAGAAGAAGAAGGUCGUCGUCAAGGAUCUUCAGCAAUCAUCUGGAGCGCGUACCGUGAUCGGCAAGAGAAGACGAGCCAAGAAAAAAUCAGAGGAUGUCUAA